AUGUCGAACAUUAUGUCAAAUGGUUUACUUUCAAAUCCUUCCCACGUCAUCAGCAAUACGUUGCUGAUGACAAUCUCGAUGCUUGUUUGUGGAUCGAUGGUGCUUGUCGGCGGAUUAAACUACGCCAUGCGCAUGUCUCAGAUGCUUGCCAAACAAGACGUCAAGCGCCUUGCACGCAAGUACGUCGAAGAACAGCUACAGUGGCUCUCUAUAGGCACUCGUCGAUUCUCUCAACUGCUGCAGGCUUUAGUUGAAGGCUUACAGCGCUUUCUUCUUGAAGGACAACUCGUCUAUGACUCAUUACCUCUAUAUCUGCAGCGUGCCAUGGAGGAAAACGCAACUGAUCAGGUUGCAAAGUUACAACAGAUACGACGGGCCACAACGGUUGAUGCAUUAUUCCAUGAGCUUCACAACACAGUGCCUGCAUUUCCAGCGUGUGAACAGCUCAAAGUGCAACAGGUCGUGCCUUUCACUCCACGCAUAUCUCGGGCAGACGAGCAAUCUGAUGCAUCUCUCGAUGAACAGACAGCAGCACUGCAAGACUGUAUUAUGGCCAUUGAUGAACUGUUUCAGCCACAGACGACAUUUGCGCACUCCCCGUUAUUAGUUGGUCCACCAGGUUGUGGCAAAACACAUAUUCUUCUCAUUGCACAAACAUAUGCACUGUCAAAAGGCCUGAAUGCGCAGUUGGUUGCAAUCACAUCAGAACGAGCUAGAAGGCUUGGUGGUGAACAUAUCCACUUGCUCUUUAAUAUCCCUAUAUUAGACGCCAAGCGCCAUACAAUUUCGACGAUGGCGGAAACAACACUUUUCCGUCUUCUGCAUUCACCUAUCAGACUGGCUGCCUUACAGAGAAUUGAUGUGCUUGUCAUUGAAGAAAUAGGACUUGUGUCAGCAGAAAUCUUUGCAGUGAUGGAUCUUGUGUUACGCUACAUCAGAGACAGUCCUGUACCAAUGGGUGGUGUACUUGUCCUCGCCUGUGGUGAUCCACGACAACUGUCACCCGUAUCUGGAUCGCCAAUCUGGUCGAGCUACCAUCUCAUUGCGACAUUCCGUGUAUCCUGCUUAAUACAUUACGUUCGAGCUCAACGCGACCCACAGUUACAGACCCUCCUCAAACUUCUUCGCAAGGGCAACAUCACAGACGAGGAAAUAGAGCAGUUUGCAGGUAUUGUCCGCGAGAAUAGCAUUCCUCAACGCUGUGUAGCACGGUGGGACGAUGUUCCACCUCAUGUUUUGCGAGUUGUUGGUACACGAAAAGCCAGUCAACACAUUGUAAAUGAAUUUCUUCAGCGCAAGAUCACAGACCCAACCGUCGACUGUGUGACGUAUUUGGCCAACGACGAAAUCGAAACAGCAGGUGGUCAAGUGCGUGACGCCAAUGAAGACACCAAGCGCCAACUCAACUACAAAUGUCAGGAGCCAUCUUCUCUGAUUAUCUUCGUCGGAGCUGUCAUGCGGCUCACGUAUAACAACAUCAACGAAACGCCAUCAGUGCCACGCUUUUCACAGGGCCAAUUGUGCGUUGUCGAAGCUCUUGCUCGUAGCGACCAAGUCGCUAAUGCGCAAAAGAUCACUGUGAAAUUAGUGCCCCCAGGUGUGCGGUCUUUCGACGUGGACAAUCUUCCCGCACAUUGGAAACAGUUUCGUGUUAAAAGGCGACCAACACAACCAAUUGUUGUAGGCCCACAAAGGACGAAAGCAUGGCGAAAACAGUUUCCACUCUGUUACUUUGUCUGCACUACAAUACACAAAGCUCUUGGUGAAACUCUUCCAUCUGUUGCAACUCAGUUGAGC